AUGGAGGUCAACCUGAACAUCGGCAAACUGUCUGGAGCCGUUCCUCCCUCGCUUCAGUGGCAUUUGGUUGUCAAAAUACAUAUAACUACACCUUCAGCACACCAGAUAGGGACGGCAACAAUUCUUCGUUCAGACUAUAGGCCUGCUGCGUGGUGCCUUCUAGACGAAGUGGCUUCAAACUUUGUCAAAGAAUCGUCAGUCCUACAUCCCAUGCAAAUCCGACCCCACAAAAACGCUGGCAUGCGAGAUCAACAAAACGCUGCUGACAAUGGAGAACGCAGAUGCAACAUCAUCAAUCGCCCGACGCCUGGCGGGAUGGAAAAAAUGGUCGUGACCCACUUCUUCGGUCUACCCGAGGUGCACAAAUAG